UAACGGGAGGGGCCCCGAGUUCGCCACUGUUCCAUGAGUUCGCCACUUUAACUUUUUUAAAUUUUCUACAAUGGACAGGAAAGAUUCUGAUAUUACUUUUGUGGUUAAUCUUAACAUGGAACACCAAAGUACAAUAUGCAUACACAAGCUUCUGCAUAUCUACAAUAAGGACGAUCUAUGGAGAAGAAAAUGGAAAGUGGGACGAGCGGCACGGAGCGCACGUCUGGGCCGGGUGCCUGGCGACAGCGACUGUCUCCCGAUGAUCGACUGUUUUAUAUGAGAAAAAUGGUGCUAUACACUAAAGAACAAGUCAAGGAGCAGCUUAAGUGUCUUCAUAACCUGUGGAAUAAAGAUGAAUACUUAAGUAUGUCGUGUUGUGCUUUCUUUAAUCAUUUCUUUUCAUGGAUUUGACCGACUCUUUUUCCAAUUCGAACGCAAAACUCAUCAUCGAACACCUGUCAUUUUCGACCUGUUCGAAUACGCCAAGGUGAGGAUGAAGACGUAAAACAGGUAAGAUCUCCUCAUAUUUCCUACAAUUAAACGUUCAAGUCAAGUCGUCGACUAGAUAAAAGCUUAGUGAAAGCAAGUUUACAUCGUCAACAACGAGUGGAAGUACCCACAAAGUGAUGUUGUACGUCCGACCAAUUUGAAGGACACCAACAACAACCUCCCUUAUACUUCAGUUUCACCUUCCAUUUCUGGAAGAACAUAUAUCAUAUUCAUAUCUAACGUCCGAUGGCUCAGGGAGGGUUAAUCGGUGUCUUUGUCGAAACUUACUUGUUUGUUAAUGUUCUGUCAUCAUCCUGAAUCUAUAUCGAUCGACGCAUUUGGCCGUACUUCCGCCUGUCACGGUCAGCCGGCAUACGGGGUCAAAUAGUGACCUUCACGUGAUCACGGCAGAUACCAUUCCGCGUGAUUGCAUCAUUCAUGGGGGGAAUAACUAAUGUGUGAUCAAUAAAAACUAUAUCGUUAAAGGAUAAAAUAACUGCAAACUAUUGAGCUCUAUUAAACAGGAAAAUAAAGCAAAACACUUAUUUUGUAAGGUUAGGUUAAAUAAUCAACAGCUAUUGACACAAAUAUUUGCCUUUUAGCGGUAAUGUUAUACUUCAUAGGAAGAGUUCACUACAUUUCGCAGGGGCCCUGGCGUGAUGUACCUUAUUUUAAUCUCGUUUUUUUUGGGGGGGGGGGAUAAAAAUUCCUCCGAAUAAAAAUACAUUGUUUCACGGCGUCGGAAUAUAUCACGGAUAAUAUUUGUGAAAUUAAAAAAAAAAUCAUUCAUCAUGUCCUCAGUACUAGUAUUUCGUACCGUACGAUGUGUCACAAUAAGGUGAUGAAUUUAUGUAUUUUUCUUCUUUCUUGACUCCAAUUUAGCCUCUGUGCAGGGAGCGAAUAUGGACCUCACUCAGGUAAAUGGGUUAGGUACAACACCUGUCAAAAAGUAUAUGGGGUACGACCCCUCACAAAUGGAGAAGGCCAUUCAGUCAGUCAGGAAGGGUGACUUCACUCCCAAUAAGGCCGCAAAAGUGUACGAAGUACCAAGGAAAACACUCACCGACCACCUUAAAGGCAGGCAUCCAUUAACAACAGGUGGCCAGACGGCUUUGCGAGAUGAGGAAGAAACGGCUCUGGUAGGGUACAUAACACAAAUGGCUGAAUGGGGUCAUCCCAUAUCUGUACCCAUUCUCAAGGCCCUUGCGGGGGAGAUUCACGCAAGAAGCUGUACCACAGAUGGUUUAACGCCAAAGUUCCGCGGCUGCGAGGCAACAGGGAAGCUGGUGGCAGGACGAAAGUGGUGGCGUGGCUUCAAGAAACGACACCCCAGAAUCGCCGCAAGAGCCCAAGACCCACUUUCAAGGGAGAGGGCAAGGAUGUCCAGCCAAGCUGUCGUGGACGAAUUCUUUAACAUGUACACGAGGAUAAUGGAAGACAACGGACUUGGAAAAAAGCCUCAUCUCAUUCAUAAUUGUGAUGAAACAGGUGUAUCCAUGCAAAUGAACCGGGGAAGGGUGCUAGUGCCGAAAGGUGUAAGGGGCGUACCCUCUGCAAGCUCUGGAACGAAAGACCGGGUGACGUUUCACAUCGCCAUAACUGCGGAAGGGAAGACCUUAGCCCCCAUGAUUAUCUACAAAAAGAGUUUCCCAAGCGGAGCAUACUCCCAAACCGGACCAGACAACACACUCUAUGCCGUCUCCGACGCAGGGUUUAUGGAUAAGCAACUUUUUGAGAAAUGGUUCUGUUACCAUUACAUCCCCAGCCUGACAAACGAACGCCCAGUCCUGCUGCUCUUGGAUCAAUGCGAGGCACAUCUUUCUGUUAAAACAAUUCAAACCGCUAUGGAUGAGGACAUUAUCCUACUAGGCCUACCUCCCCACACAUCACACUUCCUACAGCCCCUGGAUAUGACAUGUUUCAGCAGUCUCAAGGACACCCUCGGCAGCAUAGUCCAAGGUUUGAUGUAUGAAAACGCGGCUUUCCAGCUGAGUAAGAGGAAUAUAAGCAAGGUUUUAAAGGCUGCUUAUGAAAAGUCCUUCACAAUGUGUACGGUUAAGAAAGGUUUCGAGUCUACGGGGAUGUAUCCCUGCAAUAAGGGUGCAGUCAGCAGGAGAUGGUUGGCUGUGGGAGAGCCAGUGGCAGAUGUCACCCACGCACCGUCACCCACGUCUUCCGAAGUCACCCACGCACCGUCGACGUCAUGCCAGCCCUGCAAGACACCCGGGUGCCAGGUAUGCGGCCCACCACGCGCCAACGCCCUGGUGGGCAGAAUGAUUCCAGCGAGCCUCUCAGACCUCCUAGUACCACCACAGGUAGUCGAGAGGACAAGGGUAUCAAAAGCUAUCAAAACAGCACGCGUCUUUACGACGGAAGACGUUCUACAAGAACAAGUGGAGAAAAAGAAAAAGAGAGAGGAAAGACUGGCCAAAAAGAAGAACAAAGGGCAAGGAAAAACAGAAGAAGAAAGAGGUGAGGAGAAAGAGAACGAAGACAAGGCACAGAACCCACGUACUGAAAAGAAGCGCAAGAGAGAAGUGCGGCAGAAGUUGCCUGAAGAACAGAAGAAGGAGAAGCGUAAGAGAAGCGAAGAGGGAGAGAAGCAGGACGAGGAGCUGACCGUAGCCACCACUUCCAGUUUGUCAUUGAGAGGGACAAGGAGCCGUAGGCCGCCAGUGUGGGCCAGCGGGUACGUGAUGUCAACUACUGGGACUGAAGAAGAAUAUGUGACCGAAGGAUAAAUUCAUGUUCUUCUUGGAUGACGCUGGAACUGUAGCACCAGUCAGGGCUAAAACAACAAACACAGUGACCAGACUUUCCGUACGCCGGGAACUCAGCUCACCUCCUCUGUUCAACUCCCUGGUCGACUAACUGACUCGAAAUCUUCCGUCAAUUCAUUCUGUUCUUUUAGACACAUAGCUUAUCAAUUGUCUACGGCAACCGAGCACUUACCUUUUAUCGGCUUUGCAGUUCGUUUCAUUUCAAGCUCAUCGAAUAACAGCACAAAAGAAAAACUUGUUGAAGUUCAUCACAUAGCAAUAGCAGAAUAAUUACAAUUACCAGUUUGACAUGAGACUGUCUGUCUCUGUCACGUUUCCAUGUUCAAUACAUAGGAUAAUUCAUGAUAGAUAUUUUGCUUGUUAACAUGCCUAGAAAUAUAACGCAUUGACAGUAGAUUGCAGUAACAAGUAUAAAAAAGUUUAAUAACUGUAAGAUUUGAUACUAGUUGAUACUAAUCCAUGCUGAGAUACUACAGUGGAUAUUAAGAAAUCAUAAAAAAGUAUAAUACUAGAAACUUCAAGAAAUAUCGGUAAUAUUGCUACAAAAUUAUAUAAGUAAGAUUAUUAUAACAGUAGGCAGCAUAUGAUGACAGUCUAGUGCCGGCGUCGCAGGUGGACCUUAACCACGCAGAAGCCCCUCUUGACGUAAGCUUCCUUCAGCUUCACCACCAGGUGCUGCACUUCACCCCGGGCAAACUCCUCCACCGCCACCCGGUCUUCCUCACGGAUCCAUCCGACCUUGAUCCACUCGCCGUUGAUGUGGGCAUAGGUCAUGAUGCCGGCCUUCGGAGCACCCGGCCGAUGGUAUGGCCGCAGUCGCAGUGACGGGGCACUCUCACAAUCUACCAGCCUUACAGCUUGGUCGAAAUAGUGAAACGUCUGUAGGGACAGUUUCUGUUAACGAAACAAAGGGUCAGUGUCAAUAUUUCGGUAUGCGGUUCAGAGGACGUUUUGCAAGAAAAUGUCUUGAUACACAGACCUCUAAAUGAGAGCUUGUACGCCCUUUUGUUUUCUUGAAAAUAUAUCUAAAAUCACUAAACAAUUAAAAAAAGAAAGCACAUCAGCUUACCAUUCUGGAAGACAGUACUCUUGACGUUGUAACGGAGGCAAAAUUUCAGUCAAGCGCUGAAAGAAGCGUAAUUGGCGGGAAAAUGGGAUGAACCAUUACCGCAUUUGUUACUUGUUGUAUAGAUAAAUAAAUAGAUAUUGUUAUGCUGUGUCCCUCUCUGUUCUUACUAUGGUAGUAUGUCAAAGUUCAAUGACUGCAUGUUGGCUUAGAACAUAUGUCGGGAUUAUUAGGAUACUUCCCGUUAGAAUUAAUCCCACCCCUUUUACCGUAGUGUGGUCGGCCCGCCUGAGUCAUAGUAAACUAAUGCAAAGACGACCUUGAAGACGAUACCAAUCGUCUCAGUACGGGUACAGUACACAGAUGACAAGUCGACCACAAAUCUGACAGCAAUCUUUUUUAUUAUUUAUUGUAGAAUCUUUCGUUCCAGGAUCCGGAUCUUUGCCAACAGUGAUAUAUUAGAUUUCGCACCCCUUCAUCUCUAGUGUUGUCGGCCGCCGGAAUAGACCUUUGACACAAAUAUAUCGGGUUACAUUUUGCCGUGAGAAGGAUGCAAAACCCUGUACACAUUAUGAUGGUUGCACUGCAAACUGAUGAUUACCCGCUUGGAUAUAGCCGCAGCACGCCGUUCAAGUUGUAACGAAAGGUGCAUAAGUUUCUUGGAACGAUUUGGCACCUGGAUCGAUUUUACGUGACCCAAAAACUUUUUAUACCAACGCGCUACUGCGUGCCGUGAUACUCAGCGGUAGUUGUCGGGAUUUUUGUUGUUGCCUGAAUACGUUUGUAAUCAAGAGCACUCCAUUGAUGUCAAUAAAGGAACAAUAGCUUCAGCAUACAGUAAUUAGCAGCGGAUAAACAUAACGAGUCUCAAUGAAUAGAGCGAAUAAGAUUGGCCGCGGUAUGAUGGUAUCGCGAUAUCGAACGUGCCGACUCGGUGCCCCGGCGGACGUGCGGCGCAUGUUGUUUCUUUCAAAUUGCACAACGCCUCAAUCCAAAGGCUUUUCAAACUCAUUAUAUAUUAUCCUCUUUAUUAACAAAUGUUGUACAAACGUCUAUCACACACAUGAAGAUUACGAAGGUUUGCAACUGCUUCUCGAUAUGCGGCUGACCCCGAGUGACCGCGUUCUGCGGAGAACGUCACCACGUGGUCGUAGAAGAUGGACUUCGAUAUGUCUCCAUAACUUGCGUGUUUCAUUCAGAUGCGCUGCAAAAUAUUGACUUAAUUCCCUGUAACAGGAAAGUGGUAAGUCAUAGAAUAGAAUUCAAUACCUUGAAAACAUUUUCAAUGUAUAUUUUUAACGAUUUCUGACCAAUUGUAAAAGUGGCGAACUCAGGGUACACCCUUAGAACAUACGCCCCAUCUUACGUCGGAAAGUUGCUGAUUGACCCUUGACCUCUACGUUCGAUCAAUCACCAUGGUAACGCGUGCAAAAAAAAGAUCAACAUAAGAUAUGCCGAUAUAUUUACCAAUCACAGAGAGGGUCAUUAAACUUCUGUUUGAAAACGAUGAUUUAUUGAAAAAAGUGGCGAACUCGGGGCCCC